GUGGAGGUCAGCUUUGGUUACCGGAGCAAUUGUGAAAAAAACUGUGUUCUCCUACACACAUAUAUAGUUAUUUGAUAAGAUUUUUAGUUUCUGAUUAGGUUCAACGAGACAGGGAGAGCAAUUAAUCAGCAUGGUGUCAAUAGAGGGUGGUGGUGGACAAAACCAGCAAAAAUUGAACAUGUAUGCUGCUGGAUGUGCUAUAGUUGCUUCGACGAUAUCCAUUAUAUUUGGAUAUGACACUGGAGUAAUGAGUGGAGCCAUGAUAUUCAUAAAAGAUGAACUGAAAAUCCAUGACACGGAAGUGGAAAUACUUGCUGGAAUCUUAAACAUAUGUGCCCUGUUCGGUUCUCUUCUUGCUGGAAGAACUUCUGAUUAUAUUGGCAGGCGAUACACAAUUUUUGCAGCCAGCAUCAUCUUCAUGCUUGGUUCAAUCCUGAUGGGGUACGCUCCAAAUUAUGGUGUCCUGAUGACGGGGAGAUGCAUUGCUGGGAUUGGUGUUGGCUUUGCUCUGAUGAUUGCUCCUGUAUAUUCGGCAGAAGUUUCAUCGCCAUCGUACCGAGGCUUCUUGACAUGUCUACCGGAGCUUGGAAUAAGUAUUGGUGUUUUACUCGGCUACAUAUCAAAUGUUGCUUUCGGAGGAUUGAACCUGAAGCUUGGUUGGAGGAUAAUGCUUGGUAUUGCAGCUAUUCCUUCACUCGCCUUGGCCUUGGGCAUCCUUAAAAUGCCAGAGUCUCCAAGGUGGUUAGUAAUGCAGGGUCGUUUAGGAGAAGCCAAGAAAAUCUUGCGCAGAGUAUCCAACUCAGAAGAAGAAGCUGAAACCCGUCUUCGUGACAUAAAAGAAGCAGCUGGGAUUGAUGUGAAUUGCAAUGAUGACUUUGUCAAGCCCGAUCCCCUGAAGAAAACUCACGGUGAAGGGGUUUGGAAAGAACUAAUUAUAAGGCCAACACCAGCAGUCCGUUGGAUACUGGUCGCCGCGGUUGGAAUCCAUUUCUUUGAGCAUGCAGUUGGAAUUGAAGCAGUUAUUUUAUACAGUCCUAGAAUCUUUAAGAAAGCCGGUAUUGUUGGCAAGGAAAAGCUCUUGCGUGCAAGUGUUGGCGUGGGGCUUACAAAGUUCGUAUUUGUAUUCAUUUCCACUUUCUUGCUGGAUAGAGUGGGGAGAAGGCGCCUUCUUCUUGUAAGCACAGCAGGUAUCAUAGCAGCCCUGGCAGUUUUAGGAACUUGCUUGACUAUAGUGGAGCAUCACCAUGGAGGGCAGCUGGUGUGGGCACUAAGCCUUAGCAUCAUUUCUACUUAUACGUUUGUAGCUUUCUUUAAUAUUGGACUUGCACCUGUGACAUGGGUGUACAGCUCGGAGAUAUUCCCCCUGAAGCUAAGAGCACAAGGGUAUAGUAUUGGGGUUGCUGUGAAUAGACUCAUGAAUGCCACUAUUUCCAUGAGUUUUAUUUCGCUCUAUGAAGCAAUCACCAUUGGAGGAGCCUUCUUCUUGUUUGCUGGCAUCGCUGUGCUUGCCUGGUUUUUCUUCUAUUUCCUAUUCCCAGAGACCAAAGGAAGGUCCUUGGAAGACAUAGAAGAGCUAUUUAGCAAGGGUAUAAGUGGUAGAGCUGAGGCUGUGAAGAGUGAUAUGUAGCGUGGUAAUAAAACAGUGUAGCCUAAGUGGGUAAUCUUUAGAGCAAAUUAAACAAGCAAAAACUUGCUAUGUUAUUGCUGUCAUAUAUUGUUUGUUAAAUUACAAUAACCUCCACAAGGUAUAGAAUUACGAUC